AUGGCGAGCCGUCCGGAAUCCAGCAGCCCUCCUCCCAAGUCGGGGCUGGUGGGGGAGGAAGACAAAGGGGCCAACGCAGCAGACUCGAAAGACCUCGCGAUUCUCGACACGCCCUUUACCAGCGAGGGGUCCGGGUCCGACGAGGAGUUUGAGGAGGAUCUCGCCAAGAACCCCUUCCUCGAUCCAGACGUCGCUGCCCACUGGCGCGGCGUCUACGAGAGCGCCGAGUACGAGUGCCGUCAUGCAUUUGACCCGACCGUCACCUGGUCGGAGGAGGAGGAAAGGAAGCUGGUCCGCAAGCUGGACUUUCGGAUAUGUACCUGGGCGUGUGUCAUGUUUUUCGCGCUCCAAGUCGACCGUGGAAACCUCACACAGGCGUUGUCCGACAACAUGCUGGACGACUUGGGUCUCAAUACCAACGACUACAACCUCGGAAACAUCACCUUCCUCCUCGCCUUCCUCUUCGCCGAGCUACCAUCUCAGCUGGUGUCCAAGAAGCUGGGGCCAGACCGCUGGAUUCCCGUCCAGAUGGUCCUGUGGUCCGUUGUGGCGAUCUCCCAAUGCGCGAUAACAGGCCGCUCCAGUUUCCUCGCUACACGCGCGCUUCUGGGACUGCUGGAGGGUGGGUUUAUCCCGGAUAUUGUGCUGUGGCUGUCGUAUUUUUAUACGUCUCGCGAACUUCCAAUCCGGUUGAGCUACUUCUGGAUGACCCUCUCACUCACCACCAUCAUCACGUCGCUCCUCGCGUUCGCUCUGCUCCAUCUUCGCGGCGUCCACGGCUGGGCCGGCUGGCGCUGGCUGUUCCUGGUCGAAGGCCUGAUUACGCUCACAAUCGGCCUCCUCUCCUUCUUCAACAUGCCCGCCUCCGCCGUGCAGACCAAGACAUGGUUUCGCCCCAAGGGCUGGUUCAACGACCGCGAGAUCACCGUCCUCGUCAACCGUGUUCUCCGUGACGACCCUUCCAAGGGUGAUAUGCACAACCGUGAGGCCAUUACGCCGCGUCGGCUGUGGGAGGUUCUCAAGGAUUACGACCUGUGGCCGAUGUAUGCCAUCGGUCUUGUGUCCUUUAUUCCGCAGACCCCGGUCGAUAAGUAUCUCACGCUGAUACUCCGGUCGGUUGGCUUCGACCAAUUCACGACGAACUUACUCACCAUCCCCGCGACCGUCGGUCAUAUCAUUUGCCUUUUAAUCAUCACCCGCAUUUCCGAGUAUCUCAACGAGCGUGCCCUCGUCGGCAUGAUGCAAAAUGUUUGGAUUUUGCCCUGUGUGAUUGCCCUACGUUUCUGGCCCGGCCUCAUCAACAACGCCUGGGGUACCUACGCUCUCGUUAGUGUCUUACUGGCGUAUCCUUACUGCCACGCCAUCAACGUUGCCUGGGUCUCCAAGAACGCCAACAAUGUCGGCAGUCGAACUGUUGCCUCCGCGUUGUAUAAUAUCUCCGUACAACUCGGCAACAUCUGUGCUUCCUUCGCCUACCAAGACUACGACAAACCGUACUACCACGACGGAAACACCAAACUGAUCGCCAUCGACAUCCUCGCCAUCCUUACCUUUAUCGUGGCCAAAGUCUAUUAUGUCUGGCGUAACAAGCAAAAAGAAAAGACCUGGAAGAGCAUGAGCGAGCCGGAGCGUAUCGAGUACACCAGGUACAACAAGACCAAGGGGUCGAAGCGGUUGGACUUUCGGUUUGCACACUAA